AUGGCAGUUAUCAAAGAGGUCGAAGUCGCCAUUGUGGUCGACGACGAGGAGAUCCAAGAGUAUCACCCACCACCCGAGGAUACUUCCGAAGACGCAAUAUAUUUAUCCUCUGAUACUCAAGUGAGAUAUAUCCAAGGUAUACCUGAUGCAAACUUUCAAAUCGAAUGCAAAAUUCGAGAGGGAUUCCGCUUCGGCGGAGCUGAUCUCCUAACAUUCUGCGUCAACAUCGAUGGAACCCGAUUUCGAGGAAGAUGUUGUCACAAGGAAUGCUACCAGGAGCUUGAUGUGUGGAGCUCCAGGAUCCACGGAGUCAAAGAAACAGCUUCAUCUGGUUGCGGCCAGCAACUCCGUCGAUUUCGUUGGAACAAUCUUUCGUCGAUCGACCAUGACUACAGGCAAGAAGACAAAGAAAGAUACCAGAAUCUUGGUUCUAUCAAGGUGGAAGUUUGGAAGCGGCGUGACAUAGGCAUGGACGGUACGCUAGUGAGGGUAAAAGAUUUUGCCACGGGGCCAGUGUCCGAGAAGGCCAUCAAAGGCGCAGCAAUCGAUAUGCGAGCGAGUCUCGAUCCUCCCCAGCCAUGUCGGAACUCCAUUUUGCGUCAUGGUGCCAACAUCGAGAACAAGCCAUAUGCAGUAUUCGUUUUCAAAUACCGCAGCAAAGAAGCUUUGCAAGCCGUUGGCAUUCUCGAACGACCUGAAAUGCCUCAGCCGUUGGAGGAAAGAGAUGUUGAGACUAUGUCGCCAGAUGAACUCAAGGAAUUGGCCCGGCGACUCAAGGCAGCGCAAGAGGCACAGAGGAUCAAGUUCAAGAAAGAAAAUGCCGACGCCAAUCUUGCUCGGCUCGCUGAACUCAAGAGAAAUCGAGAUAGUGGCCACAAUGAUGAGGAUGAGGUCAACUUCCUCGGCGAGCGGCCGGUGAAGAGGAUCUGCAGCACUGUAGCGGUUCUUGACGACUCGGAUUAG